AGCAGAUUUACCACUGCCCAUAGGCUUUAGAUUCUCCCAACUUGAAUUAGCGCAUAACAGAAUUGUGAAAAAUUGUUUGGAAUGUUUUCCACUCUUACUUUUGUCACCCUUUAUAACAAAGUUUCUGUUAGGCAUUACCUUGAAAAUGAGACCGCACUCGUCAGCGUGGAAAAUGUCGUCAUUGUUGAAGCCCUUGCUGAAGUUGGAAAGUGUUUCCAUAUAGUCUUGAACCAAUUCUUCAGGCACUUCAUUAGAUUGACCACACAAAACUUUUUCGGAACUUACAUGUCGUUUUUAAAAUUUGCUAGCCAGUUAUUAGGUGCCUGGAAAUCUGCAACCUCAAAUUCUAUUGAGAAACAGCAAUUUCUUGCAGCCCAGGUCCAGAAAUUCGUGCGUUCGUUGUCUUCAUUU